GACAACCGUUGUAUCGAAUCGCUAUUCUCAUAAAGCAGAAUAGAAGCAUUUCAUUGAUUCGAUGAUGGGUUUACGACUCUUCUAUUAUUCUCUCCUCUUAUUUCAUAAUCAUCAAACUGCCUGUGAUUCUCAAGUUUUCCAUCCAUCUGAGUGACUUGGAGCACCAUUCUUUAUUUCGCAAGUCGAUAACAAGCCUAUAAUACGCUAAACUUCAACAGAAAGGUUCGAACAAAAAAUGAUCCCCUCCUCAAAUCAAUACCUGAUAAACUCAUCGCAACUCAAGUCUCCUACCUAGUUCCAUAUACACCUCUCGUCUUGUACUUACAUAUCAUCUUCCACAGGUCAUAAUUACACCAAAGAAGACUUUCUGACCUUGCUUGCUAAGUUCUACGUCUUAUCGCCAAAAUGACGAUUCAAACGGCAGAUUCGCAGAUUAAUCACGCGGAUGCUAUCAAUUACUGGGAAAGCAUAGAAGCAAGUGAUGAUGGAAUGCUUGGAGGCUUUCCGUAUAUCAGUCGAGUAGAUAUACAGGGAUCAAAGAACUUUUUAGGGAAGCUGGGGGUAAAGGGUGCGAAAUUGGGGAGAGCGGUUGAUUGUGGGGCGGGAAUCGGUCGAAUUACAAAAGCAUUGCUUCUUAGUGUUGCUAACACAGUGGAUAUUGUGGAGCCAGUAACGAAGUUCUCUUCUGCGCUGAUAGAUCAACCUGGAGUUGGCCAGAUAUAUUCAGUUGGCCUCGAAGCGUGGACACCAGAUGCGGAAAUCAGAUACGACUUGAUGUGGAACCAGUGGUGUCUAGGACAUUUAACAGACUCUCAACUGGUGGAGUACCUUCAGAAAUGUGGAAAGAUGUUGAAUGAAAACGGUUGGAUCAUAGUGAAGGAAAACAUGAGCACGCAUGCCGGCAAUGACAUGUUCGACGAACUUGAUAGCAGUGUCACUAGGACUGAUGAGAAAUUCCGUGCACUCUUUGAGAAAGCUGGUCUGAAGCUGAUGAAGACGGAACUGGCGAAAGGUUUCCCGAAAGGGCUGUACCCUGUCAGGAUAUAUGCAUUGAAACCGGAAUGAAUAUCAAUCAUAGCUGCCAUAAAAUUCUCGACAUAUUAAAAAUACUCCGCCCACCACAAACGGCAUCAUAAAAAUACCGACUGGUUUAAACUUCAUAUAGAUUGGACGGGCACGGCAUGUCAAGGAGAAUAUUCUGGGACAAAUAAUUCUUUUCUAGAAUACAGAUACUGGAGAGUCCAGUGCGGGUUCCACUCAUCUAUGACUGGAGUAAUUUGUCAUACUGUGUAGGAAUAUGAGCAUUAUUCAUUCUGGAAUGAGACAAGUCUAAGCAAAUUCACUGAGCUGUUGGGGUGAUUCUA